UACGUGCCUACGUAAUAUCUUGGACCGAGAUCUUCACUGCCUGUCAGGCCGAGCGGAUAAAUUCCUGUGGUACAAAGACAGAUCCACCAAUGUAUUCCUCGUGUUCAUGACUUGUAGCAUUUACAGUGUGGGUGUAUUCACUGGGAUCGUCUCCCCGCUCGUGAAGUCUUAUGUGGCCGCCGACAAAUGGUUCGUUGUGUUACCAUUGUGGUACCCGGUUGACGUCACUUCGUCCAGAUGUGUUCACUGGUGUGCCUUUGUCUGGGAGUAUGUCAUGAUCUGGUACACCUGUUUUCUGUAUGCAUCCAUAGAUGUGUUGUAUUUGUACAUUAUAAUGAGCACUCGUGUCAAGUUUGAGGCGCUCGGUCAGUUUCUGCGCGAUGACGGUGGAGGCAGAAUAUCUCCGUCUCAGACAUCUUGGAGAGGACCCGCCAUGUUCGAAGAAGGAAAACAAGCAGAAUGGACGUUUGACCUAAGUUCCGUGACCGAUGAUAGGUUUAAUAAUAUUGAGGACUUACAGCACGAAAAAUUAAGACGAGGUCUGCAGGACUGGCAAAAACUGAAAGGGCAUGCUAAGCUUAUUCCCGAGAUUUUCAAACCAUACUUCGCCGCAAGUUUCUCAAUAGGAAUGGUUGCGAAUACAGUUAUGGCCUACGCAGUAGUUUACGAAUUGCGGCAUUCCGAGUCGGUGGCAAAGGCAAUAAGUGAAUCUGCCAUGUAUAUUGGAUACGUUCUAGCAGCAUGUUGGCACUUGGGCUCAAUAAGUUACAAUGCAACGGUGCUGCAAGACACUUAUGACAAUUUAAGACUCUGUUUGUGGGAAGAUAGUUGGUACAUGGAAUCGCUCAAAUUUAAAAAACUGUCUCUAAACUUCAGUAUGGCCCUGAGUACCUCUUUCAAAUUGAAAGCAUUUUCCUUCAUGCCUGUGGAUCUUGAAACUUUCUCACAUACUAUGAACCGGUCCUUCUCUUACUUCUUGUUCCUUCUUCAGCUGGCAACAGCAAAAUAACGGGCCAGCUAUAAUUUUAACAAGUUAAAACAUGUAAUAUAUGUUAUUUUAUAAAAAUGUACAAUAUAUGUAUUUGUGUUUGAUAUAAAAACAAUGUGAGACAUCCAAUCAUAUCGUCGCACGAGGA